AUGUUGUUUGCCUCAUGCAUGGCCUGCAAGCAUUCGGUGCCAAGCUGCAAUUCGAGCUGCUCCCAGGGGCAGGCAUGGCCUGCAUGGGGCUCCUCCGCGCCCUCUUCAGAGGCUAGGGCUGCAUCCUUCUCCUCCGAAUCUUCCGACGAUGAGAGGAAGUCGAAGAAGGAGCGUUUGCGCGAGCUUGUGCACAAAUUUACUGCCGAAGCCCUGAAGGGGGUCGACUGUACUGUAGUCGAGCGGAAGACGCUCGGUAGGGUAGAGGCCGUGUACAAAUUGGAUCCGUCUGUCAGCUGGUUGAAGUUCAGCAGCUCGAGUGGCACGCCACUUGCUGCUGUCCAGCUUCCGUGGAUCUCGCGAUUGACUUCCUUGCAGCACUUGCCUGCAUACGAGCAGGAGGACCUCCUUGGAAAAUCUAGCUCUGACGUCGGUCGCAGCAUCCUCGUGAGCUCCGGAGGUAGUCAUGCCGAUGCUGGUCGUGUUCCGCAAUCCGUCACUCUGGUAAUGAAGGAUGCCAAAGAAAUGGAGCGCUUCCUCACCUGCGUGGAAGUUCUACGACUGUAUGCUGCGAUGGAUGCGCCGAUGCAUGUGGAGCUGCACUGGGGAAGUUCUGGCUCAAGCCAAGAGAACUGCUUGUUCAGAACCUGCCGGUCAGAGAGCUUUGACCGGAGGUUGCUGCAACUUAUGGCGCAAAGUACGGCGUACACCUAUGCAAGCUCACCAGUGCUGCAGCAGCCAAAGGUGGUCUAUCAGGCACCGGUGACCUUGAGGGCCGGCCAGCCCUUUGCCAGACAGGUUGUUCCGGCAGCGAAUCUUCGACCAGUGGGGGUGCCGCAGCCGGUGCAAGCUCCCGUUCGCACAGUGGUGGUCAGCGGGGCCCCGGUCGCAGCCGGUGCUCCGCAGAAUUUGAUGGGCACGCUACCAGCAGGGGCCCGAAUCGUCCGACCAGCGGAAGGCAUCAGCGCCCAGCCUCAAGUCGUGGCUUCGAGGCCAAACACCAUCGGAGGCCCGGCCUACUCGCAGGGCGCCUACGAGGUGAAGCACGAAAAGGAUACGCAGCUGCAAAACCUGAAGGAGCUGAGGAAGACCAGCGGGCUCAAGCAAAUUCCAGUGGACGAAGGCUUGCAGGCCUUCAAGAAAGCCGCUGUGGAAAGCCGUCUCACACGUGAGCAGUUCAUCCAGGCCUACUCGGCACUGCUCCAGGCCAAGGGCAUCGAGGUUCCGGCCAAUGAAGUUAAAAAUGCGGUUUUUGAUUUGUUUGACCGCGAUGACAACAACAUUGUCGACAUGAUGGAAUUGAUCUGUGGCAUUUCCUUACUCUGUCACGGAUCAGAGGAUGACAAGAUCCAUGCGGUCUUUGGCAUCUUCGACGAGAAUGGCGAUGGCUACAUCUCUUUGGAUGAGAUGUACAAGUUUCUCACGUCUGUUUUCAAGGUGGUGCUGACGCCGGUGGUCGUUGGUGCCAUGAACAGCAUGGGAGUAACUGUUGAGUCAGCUGAGGACCUCGCUUCGGUGACGUCGCUGGAAUGCUUCAAGACUGCUGACCUCAACCAAGACGGUAGGCUCUCAGUCAAUGAGUUCAAGACCUGGUUCUAUGCUCCCAGGAAUGACCCCACGUUUUUGUUCUCGCCCGUCCGCAAGCUGCUCCAGUGA